AUGGUGGGAGGCUGGGGCGCGGGCCGGGGAGGGGAGCCUCCCGCCGCCGCCCGCGAGUCCGAGGUUGGCGCUCGGCGGGAGGAUGGAGAGGAUGACAGUCGCGGCUGUCGCCCUCCCGGCGGCGGGCAGAGCUCUGAGCCCGAGCGCGGCUACCCGCGGGGGGCGGGGGUGGCGGCGGCGCCAAACUGCGCGGAGAGGCCGCGGGCGCCCCCAGCAGCGGCCACCCGCUCCCCUCCCGUGGCUGCGGGUCUCGGGGCUGGGAAGCCCGGCGGGAGGAGCCCGCGCCCGCCGCCCCGCAGCGCCUGUCCGCCCCUGCCCGCGCCUGGCAGGCCGGUGACAGCUCCCGCGAGGGGCGGGCGUGUGUGCGGGGCGGGGGGCCGCGGGGGAAGCCCCCGCCUCCACCGCCGCGUCCCGGGGUCACACCCUCAGCGGGGGGGAGGCAGUGCAGCUUGCAGCCACCGGGCUGGGGGCUGUCGGGGCUGGAGGCGCCGGAGGACGCGCUCCCCCCAGCUCCCUGGCGGCCAGGAGAGGGAGGGGAAGGCGACCCCAAUGCACGAAGGCCCCGCCCCCCCCCAAAAAAAGUCUGGCCCUGACCUGGCGCCUGGGCCUCAGGUGCAGGUCCCGGCGGCGCGGGGCGGCACGGGCCGGGGACCACGCGGAGGGCGGGAGGGAAAAGUUUCUUUCCCGGCUCGGCGCUGCCCACCCCAAGGCUGCUCCCCGCCCCCCGCGACCGUGCGCCUGCGCCCCUUCCCCUCCUCCCCCCUCCCGCGGGGGACGCUGCCGGGAGGAGGUGUCUGCGCACCGGGCUCGGCGGGGGAACCCUGCGCUGCCGGCCGCCAGUGCUCCCCUCGCGGUGACAGCGGUUCGGAGGCUCGGGGCCCGAAGCCAGGACGCCCCCCCCCCCCCCCGCCCCAACCCCGCAACACAGACGCUCACAGCGCGUCCGCCGAGGUCCGCGCGCCCCCGCUACCCCGCGCGCCCCCGCGUCCGCCAGAGCUGACACCUACGCAGACACGAAAGUGA